AUGUACAGCGCAGGGGAAACCAGCCGCGCAGGCAGCACUAGCGGAGCGGGGGGGCUUGUUGGCGGGGGAAGCCGCGGAGACGGGGGAAGCCGCGGAGACGGGGGAAGCCGCGGGGACGGGGGAAGCCGCGCGUUUCUGGAGGAUAUAGAGAGGGUGGUGUCGCGGCUAGAUACAUACGCGGAGCUGUACCGCGUGCUGCGCGGGGAAGAGCACAGCGCAACGCCGCGACUGGGGGGGCGCAACGGCGGAGUGGCUGGCGGAGGUGGCGGGGGAGCGGGCAGCGGCGGAAUCGGGAGGUUGGGGGGAAGAACAUGCGCGGAGGGGAGCAGCGAUGGGGAGGGAAUGGCGGAGGCGAGGGCGGAAGGCGGAACGGGAGGGGAUGGAGUCGCUGGUGGGUUAGAAGGUGGCGGGACAGGUGUGGCCGAUGCUGCUCCUGCUGCUACUCCUCCUGCUCCCGCCGCUCCCGCUGCUCCCGCUGCUGCCACUGAUGCUGCUCCUGCCGCUGCUUGUGUUGACGCUCCUGAUAGUGAUUAUGGUGGCGGGAAUAGAAGCGGGAACAGCAGCGCCAGUAGCAAUGGCAAAGGCGGUGGUUGUGGUGUGUUUGUUUCUCCUUGUUCGGAGGGGGAGGGUGAAAAAUCUGUGCUAAGAAACCAGGAGAUGGCGACGUGGAGGGAGGAAGGGAAAGCAAGCAACGCUGCAGGCUCAGAACAGGGAAAGCAAGAAGGGGAGAAGGAGAGGUAUCACGAGGAGCGGUAUCAAGAGGAGAGGUAUCGUGAGUUCAUUGCAAGGGACAGUGGUGGUUUUAGUGUUGGUGGUGCUACUGCUGCUGCUUCUCCUUUACUCCCAAUUCUAGGUGCAGGCGGAGGGGCUGUUGGGGUGAGCUGUGAGGAGGCUCGGCGGGAGGAUAGGGCGGAAGGGAGUGUGGGUGCGGGGAUUGGUGUGGUGGGAGCGGUGAGAGUGGAAGAUGGGGGGGAAGUAGCAAGUGCUGCUGCUGAGUGGGAGAGAGUAGGGUUUGAAGAGAGGGGUGGAAGGGCGGGUGGGAGAGAUGCGUGGGCGAUUGAGGGUAGAAUGGAGCGGGAGAUAAGGGAGAGGGAGAAGAGGAUACGUGCUGGAGAGGCAGAGAAGGAGAGGUUGAGAGAGGAGGUGGAGAAGCAGAGGGAGAUGGUGAGGAGGAUGGAGAGGGAACUGGAGGAGCGGGAGGUGCGGUUGGGUGGAGAGGUUUUUGAGCCGGUUCAGGAGCUGGUUUGGGAGGGGAGGUGCGGAGGGGAGAUGAGGGGAGAGGAAGCGGGGGAGAUUAUGCAGAGGUUGAGAGGGAAGGAGGCAGCGAUAGUGCAGGCAGCAGGAGUGACGGCUAGGGAGUUGGCAGCGGUGUGGAGGGAUGCUGGUAGGAAGGACCGGAGGGAGACAGAGGCGGGAAGAGGAGGAGCGGAGGCAGAGAGGGGGAUAGGGUCAGUCGAGGGGGGGGGAGGGGGUGAAAGGGUGGGUGUUGGGAGUGUGGCUGGUGGGAGGACGGGUGGUGGAAGGCAAGGGGUGGGGAUGCGGGAAGGAGGGGGAGUGGAGAAGGGUUGUGUGCGGCGAGUGGUGUUCUGGGGGGAGAAUGGUGCAAGUAGAAGGGGUAGGUUGGGGGGGCUAGUGAAGGGAUGGGUGGUGGAGGGCGGUGGGGAUGGGUGGGGAGGGGAAGGGAGAGGUGGAGCAAGGGGAGUGCGUGGUGGAGGGAUGAGAGUGAGAGGUGCCAUUGGGGGAGGAGAGGGGAGUGAGAAGCGUGGUGAAAGGAGAAGGGAGGCGGAUGAGAAGUGUUGUGCAGUGGUGCAGUCAAAGCAACCGAUGCAGGAGCAGCAACGGAAGGAGCAGCAGGUGAAGCAACAACAGAGGGGUGCGGGAGGGAAGGGGAGUGUGAGUGCAGGAAACAGCAAUGGCUUGCGCAAUGGUCGGAGCAUGGACAACAGUUCUGCUUCAGAAGAGGAGACCAGAUCAGGUGGGGAGAGUGGGGAUGGGGAGCACUGGCGGAACGGAAUGGCAUCAGGGGAAGUCGCUGAGGCGGAGAGGAGGGGUAGAGGCGAGGGCAAGACGGCAUUUGAGGCGACUCAGACGGCUGGGGUGCUAUACGGAGAAGUAGUAUUGAGAGAGGGGAGUAGGGAGAGAGGUGAGCAGGAAGGGGCUGAGACUGAGGCCAGUUUUACUCAAAGUGCGGCGGAGGCUGGAGAAGGAGGAGGAGGAGGAGGAGGAGGAGGAGGGGGAGCAAGAGCAGGAGUAGCUGUGGAGCACAUGUGCAGUGACGAGGAGGUGAGGAGAGGGGUGGAGGAGCUUAUAGGAGACGUGGUGGGUUGGGUGUGGCGAGGGAGAGAGGCGGAGGAGGCGUGCUCUGUGCAUGGGGAGAGGGUGCAUGUAUAUGGGGAGAGGCUGGCGCACGAGGGAUGGGCUCAGCACGGUGGGAGUGUGCGGCAACUGAGAGAAGAUGGAGGGGCAGAGAGGUCGAAAGGAGGUGGAGAGGAGAGCGAGGAGAGGGAGCAGUUAGGGGUGGUGGCGGGUGUUGGAGAGAGGGAGUCUGUUCUCGGUUGGGGAUUGGAGGGAGGGAAUGGGGAUGGGGAGUGGGGAGUUGAGGAGCUAGUGGGGACGGGUGAGGGGAGUAGCAGCAGUGGAGAGGAGUGGGAGACGGACUGCAGUGAAGAAGAGGGAGGAGAGGGAGAGGAGUGGGAGGAAAAUGAGGAGUGGGAGGAGUGGGAAGGGGAGGAGUGGGUGGAGGGAGAGGAAGAAGAGAGGGGUAAGGAUGAGGAGGGACUGGUGGGGGAGGAGGGUGGGGAAUGUGAAAGCUGUUGUAACGAGGAAAGUGGGGGCGCGGAUGAGGCUAGGAAUGGCGGCGGGAAUGCCAGCUACGCAGCUGACAAGAGCAGAACCAGCAGCAGCAGGAAGCUGGGAAUUUGCACGAGGAGGCGGAGAAGGAGGGUGAGGCGAAAAGUGGGGCAGACGGGAAUCAGGUUGAUGGAGGUGACUCUAGCGGAUGUGCUUCAAGAGGAAGACAGGCUGACGGGUCUAGACAGAAGUUUGUUAUCAGCAGGCAGUGCGGAGUGGGUACGGGUGGAUGAAACGACAGAGGAUGCAAUGGCACAGCAGCCAGCAGCAGGGUCGAGUGAAGAUUUAGAAAGUAUGGCAGCCGCAGAAGGCGUAGGAGUGGCUGGGGAUGAGAAAAACAUGCGGAUGUGGAUACAGGUGGGACGUGGAGAGGCAGAGCUCAGUCCAGAGAAGGCCAAGAACGCUGGUGAAGCGAGGGGUCAAUGUGAUGGGGCCAUAGUGACUCGGGUGGGCGAUGCAGGGACAUCUGUCUGGUUCGCUCCUGAGUGGUCUCACCAGCCCAGUGCUUCUGGAGGGCCCUGGUUUGAUCCUGGAGGGCUCUGA